AUCUGUCACGCCCCAGAACCCAAAUCCGAGGCGCGACAGACGCCGUGCACUCGUGAGACGGGUCCCACAAAUGCACAAGGCUCAGAACUUACUGAACAAAAUCAGUUUUGAUACCAUAAAAUUUCCAAUUAAAAUCUAACUUACAGGAGCGUGGUGUACAUGGAGAGCAUAACUUUGGCAAAUCACAAUUCACACACACGGGAUUUUCACACAAAACAUCACAGCAGCUAAUUCAAGCUCAAUUCUACUUAAUCAAACUUAAAACACAUUUAAAAUGCUACUAAAUGCUACCGGAAUUCCUCCCCAUUUCUGGCACAAUUCGGACACACACAAGGCAGUAAUUAAAUGGCUAAUUUAGGGCUUAAAGAAGUGGCCAUCAUACCAGAAUUUUCUAGCAAGAACCGGACGGCGGCAAGCUGCAGGGAACUCACGGACUACCCAAAAAUUUAGGGAAAUAAACAGAAAUUAGCAUAACCCAGCCUAAAUCAAGGUUAAAGAGAUGAUUUCUUGGCUGUGGCUUACCCGAAAAUGCCCAGAAAAUUGCACCCCCAACCAGCAGAAACUCACAGACCAAAGGGAAGAGGAAAGGAGAGCAGAUCUGGAAAUUUCUACUUCAAAGGGAGGGUUCUAGGUCCCAAAAUCAGUUCUUUGACAAGAAAAGAAGAGAAAAAUAGCAAGCUUUUGCUGAUUCCUCAAGAGAGGACUGUCGGCAGCUUGGGGGCUUGUCGGAAGGAAGAAUUGGGAAGAAGGAGAAGAUAAGGAAGAGCAAAACACAUGGCUGAGGAGAGAAAUAUCAUCCUUGAUCCUUAUCCUAAUUUCCUUUCUUUUUAGCCUUUGAACUUUGAAAACUUUUGCUAUUACAUUCAUUAAUGAUAUUUCUUCACAAUUAGGUCGCCAAUUUACUUUAAUGCUCUAAAAAUUUUGGGGUAUUACACUUUAUAAAAACAAUCCAUUACC